AUGCGACCAGGCGCAAGACCUCAUUCGCUUAUCUUCGACCUCAUCGGCCCUUUCUCCGCCACCGCUGGUCGGCGGCUCCGCCCAAAAGCGUCGCGUCGAGCGACCUGGAACGCCAUUGGAGUCGGGCCUGUCCCCUCGGCUUCGUUUGUUCUCUCCAGACUUACCAUCGAGCAACUUGCCGCUCUCCGCAGCCCUGCUACCGAGCGCCAGCAACGGCUCGGCUCGCGCGCGCGUAGCAGCAGGUAAUAGUGUCCUAGACACGCGUCGGGAUGUCAAGGUGCUUUCGGAGGCGGACCUGAGCGAGGAUCACACGCCGCCUUCUCUUCCAGCCCCUCCUAAACCUGUAUCCGCUUUGCUAGCUCUCGCCCUGGCGGCCGAAGCGCUGAUUGGGGAGGUCGAUCCAGAAAUUUCGGCUUCGUCUGUUGCUUCUUCUCGCUCCCUCAGCGGACCAACAGCGCUUGACAGCCCACAUGUCGGCACUCCUUCGGCAUCUAGCCCACUGCUGCCUAGAGGUCUAGCAGCUUGA